AUAUUAUUUCUUCAUCAUGUGUAACUGUGCAUCCAUACUUGUGCAUUCAAGUUCGGAAGUCGAAACACAGUUAAAGAAAGAAGAUUUUUUUUCUGGUAUUGCCGUACUGGUGCAUUCAAUUUGGGGUCACUCGCAAGAAAAACUUGAGACCACAAUCAGUAUAAGCUAGCUGUAUCGACUUAAUUAAAACUUGGGAGAAAGCAACCAGAAAGUUAUGGGAAGACAGAGAGAUAUGUCCACAAUAAACCUAUUAUUUGCAGUGACUCUCUCGUUUCUUGUAUCUUCCCUGUACGGUCUUACGGACACCAUCGCCUUCAAUCAAACACUCAAAGAUGGGGAUUUAUUAAUCUCCGGUGCGGAGUCUUUCGCUCUUGGUUUCUUUUCCCCGGAAAAUUCUUCCGGCCGGCGAUAUGUCGGAAUUUGGUACCAGAAAAUCCCUGAACGAACAGUUGUUUGGGUUGCUAACAGAGAUAGCCCUAUCAACGGUACAUCCGGGAUCCUCUUCAUUGACGGCACCGGAAAUCUCGUCAUCCAAGACAAGAAAACUAAUGUUUUUGUCUGGAAUACCAGUCUUUCUUCUCCGGCGACGGGGAUAAAAGGUUAUUCCGCUCAGCUUCAGGAUACCGGGAACCUGGUUUUGUACCAUUACCCGGAUAAGCGGGGUAUAAAUUGGCAGAGCUUUGAUUAUCCCACAAAUACUUUACUUCCUUUCAUGAAGUUUGGGGUGGACAAGAGAACCGGUCUGAACCGGCAUCUUACGUCGUGGAAAUCGCCGGACGAUCCGGGAACCGGCGAAUAUGAAUUCAAAAUAGAGCUCAACGGGACGCCACAGGUGUUUCUGAACCGGGGUCCGGUCCGGGUUUGGAGAACCGGUCCGUGGAGCGGAGUUGGAUGGAGCGGCGUGCCGGAAAUGUCGCGAAAUUACAUCUUUAACCUCGACUACACCGAAAACGAGGAUGAGGUGGCGAUGAGUUACUGGAUCCGGGACCCGUCGGUGCACUCAAUCUUCGUGCUGAACGAGUCCGGGACGGUGAACCGGCUGACGUGGCAAGGCGACGACGUGAACAAAUGGGUCGGGUUCUGGUCCGCGCCCAAGGACCAGUGCGACGCCUACGCUCACUGCGGCGCGUUCAGCAAAUGCAACACCUUCAAUCCCGGGGCGUUUGAGUGCACUUGCCUCCCCGGAUUCCGGCCAAACUCCAGCCGUGAAUGGUACUUGAGAGACGGCGUCCAUGGCUGCCGGAGGAACAACACGGACGUCUGUCACAACGGCGAGGGCUUCCUGUUGUUGUCCCACAUGAAGGUUCCUGACACUAAAAUGGCGCGGGUGAACAGGACCAUUGGGCUGAAACAAUGUGAAGAGCUCUGCCUGAAGAACUGUUCCUGCACCGGAUACGCCAGUGCGAAUAUCAGUGCAGGCGGAAUGGGGUGCAUAACUUGGUAUGAUGACUUGAUAGAUAUCAAGGAAUUCACAAAUGGAGGCCAAGAUAUCUAUAUCCGAGUCUCUGCAUCUGACUUAGUGAAGAAAUCUAAAGGGUUUCGCGGGAAAAGGCUCAUAGUCACUAUGGUUGUGCCUAUUGCAGCUCUGAUUCUUAUGCUCUGUUGCUGUUUGGUAAUGAAAAUCAGAAAAGGUAAGAGACUACAAAGCAAAACCAGUUUACAAUCCGAAUGGUCCGAAAUGGGGAAAGAUAUGGAUGAGACUGCACCAGCAGAUGUGUUAAUGUAUGAUCUGAACGCCAUUAGAGCUGCCACUGAUAACUUCUCUGCUGCCAAUAAACUCGGGGAAGGUGGAUUUGGUUCUGUUUAUAAGGGAAAGUUGCAGAAUGAACAACUAGUGGCUAUCAAAAGGCUGUCCAAAACUUCAGGCCAAGGGAUGGUGGAAUUCAAGAACGAGGUUACGCUAAUUGCCAGGCUCCAACACAGAAAUCUUGUGAGGCUUUUAGGAUGCUGCAUUCAACAAGGGGAGAAGAUGCUGGUGUAUGAAUACUUGCCUAACAAAAGCCUGGAUAGUUUCAUAUUUGAAAAUACAAGUGGGAUAUCUCUAGAUUGGAGAAAACGUUUUGAAAUCAUCUUGGGGAUUGCUCGAGGGCUGUUGUAUCUUCACCAAGAUUCUAGGUUGAAAAUUAUUCAUAGAGAUUUAAAGGCCAGCAAUGUUUUGUUAGAUGCCUCCAUGCAGCCGAAAAUAUCUGAUUUCGGGAUGGCUCGGAUCUUUGGAGGAGACCAAAUGUAUGCAAAUACAAAUCGAGUAGUUGGGACAUAUGGUUAUAUGUCUCCAGAAUACGCAAUGGAAGGUCACUUCUCAGUCAAGUCCGAUGUUUUCAGCUUCGGUGUUAUGUUGCUGGAAAUCGUGAGCGGAAGGAAAAACAAGAACCAGUUCAAUGAAAACUCCCUGAAUUUAAUAGGAGAUGUAUGGGAUUUCUGGAGUGAAGAAAAAGCCUUGGAAAUAGUGGAUCCAUCAUUAGCAGAGUCAUAUGAUGGUGGAGAAGUUCUAAGGUGCAUCCAUGUCGGUCUGUUGUGCGUUCAAGCAUUUCCAAACGACAGACCAACUAUGUCUGAUGUGGUGUUCAUGCUAAGUAAUGAAACGACACUCCCUCAUCCUAAUCCACCAGGAUUUAUAUUCAAACAUGGCAAUACUGCUCAAUGCUCAUCCUCAAUGAGUGCUGGAAAUCAAUCUGUCAAUGACGUGACAAUUACCAACAUCGAGGGUCGCUGUAGACAGCUACAGCAAACUCAAAACCUGGGAAGGCAAACUAACAUGUUCACAAGAAUCAUCAUAUUGACGAUGUUUCUUUCAUUUCUUGUAUGCUUAUGCAGUUCCACAGACACCAUUACCUUCAACCAACCUCUCAAAGACGGUGAUCUAUUAAUCUCCAAUGCAAAAUCUUAUGCUCUCGGUUUCUUCACCCCCGGGAAGAAUUCCACCGGCGGCAAGCGAUACGUCGGAAUUUGGUACCGGAAAAUACCAGAGCAAUUAGUUGUUUGGGUUGCUAACAGGAACAACCCCGUCCACGGUACAUCCGGAGUCCUCUUCAUCGACACCACCGGAAAUCUUGUCAUCCAAGACAAGAAAACCAAUGUUUCUGUCUGGAACACCAGUCUUUCUUUCCCGGCCACGGGGAUAAAAAAAGCUUAUUCUGCGCGGCUACAAGAAACUGGGAAUCUGGUUUUGUAUCAUCACCACCCGGAUACCCGGGCCGCCACUCCAUGGCAGAGUUUUGAUUAUCCCACGAAUACAAUACUCCCGAACAUGAAAAUCGGAGUGGACAAGAAAACUGGGCUGAAACGGUUUGUUACGUCGUGGAAAUCGCCGGAUGAUCCCAGCCCGGGCGAGUAUGAACUGGCAUGGGACCUGAAAGGGAUGCCUCAGUCAAUUGUGUACAAGGACAGAACCCGGCCGGUGUGGAGAAUUGGGUCCUGGAAUGGAGUUAGAUGGAGCGGCAUUCCCGAAAUGACUUCAAACAUCAAUUCCUACAUCUACAUCGAAAACCAGGACGAGGUCUACAUGCAGUUCUUGACAAUGGACCCGUCUGUAUACACAAUAGUAAUGGUAAACGAAUCCGGGGCGUUCAGUAAGAUCAUAUGGCAAGGAGAUGACGAUAUGAAGAGAUGGGUCGGGAUUUGGUACUUCCCCCAAGACAACUGUGACGUUUACGCUCACUGUGGUCCGUUCAGCGUUUGCAAUGCCCAGAAUCUUGACGGGUUUGCCUGCAAAUGUCUCCCCGGGUUCAAGCCAAAGUCGAGCAAGGAAUGGGGCAUGGGAGAUGGAAGAAAUGGGUGCCAGAGGAAUAACACAGAGGUGUGCCAUAACGGUGAGGGGUUCGCGAGACUGGAGAGCAUGAAGAUCCCCAACACUGAAAUGGCGGAAGUGAACAGAACCAUUGGGUUGAAGGAAUGUGAGGAGCUCUGUUUGAAGAACUGUUCUUGCACGGCAUAUGCAAGCGCCAAUAUCAGCGAUGGCGGAAUGGGAUGCAUUGCUUGGUAUGGAGAGUUGAUAGAUAUGAGGGAGUUCACCAAAGGAGGCCAAGAUAUGUAUAUUCGAGUCUCUGCAUCUGAUUUAGUUCAACCUGUAGAGAAAUCUAAAGGGCUUGGUGAGAAAAGGCUCACAGCCACUGUGAUUGUGCCCAUUGCUGCAGUCAUUCUUGUGCUCUUUUGUUUGAUACUGAAAAUCAGAAAAGGUAUAAAACCACCAAGCAAUACCACAAGCAGUUUGCUAUCCGACGAAGGACCUGCAGAUGUGUUAACCUUUGAUUUCAACACCAUUGAAGCUGCCACUGAUAACUUCUCUGAAGAUAAUAAACUCGGAGAAGGCGGAUUUGGUGCAGUUUACAAGGGUAAGUUGCAAAAUGGACAACUUUUAGCUGUCAAAAGACUCACAAGAAGUUCACUUCAAGGGAUAGUAGAAUUCAAAAAUGAAGUAAUGCUAAUAGCGAAACUCCAACACAGAAAUCUUGUGAGGCUUUUAGGAUGUUGCGUUCAACAAGGGGAGAAGAUGUUGGUGUAUGAGUACUUGCCUAACAAAAGCCUGGACUGUUUCAUCUUCGAUAAUAGAGAGGGGAUGUCUUUAGAUUGGAGAAAACGUUUUGAAAUUAUCUCGGGAAUUGCUCAAGCAAUCUUAUAUCUUCAUCAAGAUUCUAGAUUAAAAAUCAUUCACAGGGAUUUGAAAGCUAGUAAUGUUUUGUUAGAUGACUCCAUGAACCCGAAAAUAUCAGAUUUCGGAAUAGCUAGACAUUUUGAAGAAGAACAAGUCGAAGCAAACACAAAUCGAGUAGUUGGAACAUAGUGAUGUUAUAUGUCACCGGAAUAUGCAAUGGAGGGUCACUUUUCUGUAAAAUCUGAUAUAUUCAGUUUUGGUGUUUUGAUGUUGGAAAUUGUUUGUGGAAAGAAGAACAAAUACCAACGUAACGAAAACUCUUUGAAUUUAAUUGGAGAUGUAUGGGAUUUGUGGAAUGAAGAAAGAUCAAUGGAAAUAGUUGAUCCAUCAAUAGGGGAGUCGUAUGAUGGUAAAGAAGUUUUGAGGUGCAUCCAUGUCGGUCUAUUGUGCGUUCAACUAUAUCCAAAUGACAGACCAAUCAUGUCAGAAGUGAUUUUCAUGCUAAGUAAUGAUAUAGAACUCCCUCGUCCCAAACCACCUGGAUUUAUAUUCAAUCAAGAGAACACAGCUGCUCCAUUCACAUAUUCUACAAGCAACGGUGAAAAUCAGUCAAUUAAUAAUAUGUCAAUUACUGAACUCAUAGGUCGUUAAAUGGGCAGGCCAGUUGAUUUCUUUGGGUGUGGUUGUGCACUAGAUACCAGACAGAUUAUUACUACUUUCGUUUGAUUGCAAUGUGCGUACGUGUUAAUAGAGCUUAGCAUACCCAUGGGAUAUGGAUGAGAUGGCAUGGAUUUGUGUUACUAAGAUGUCUUGAAAUGCAACGUUAUUAAAAUAAAUGAGUGAGUGCUUUGUCAC